ACAACAGAUACUCUCUCUGUCUCUCACUCUUUUGCAAUUUUCUCAACCGGAAUUCUUAACGUUUCUCUUUAUCUCUCUGCUUUCUCCAGGAUCUCACUGAAGGGUCACCGCUUGUUCAUGCUAUAGCCUAUAGGGGUACAUCUUGGUUGGGAAGCCUGGGUGGUUUGUAGAGUAUGGAACAAGAAAAUAACAAGGAAGCAGAGACUCCUGUGAAGACAUUACCAGAGUCUAACAUGAAUAAACAAGAAGAAAACAAAGAGGCAGUGGAGGCACAUGAAAAGGCAUCUAGUAAACCAGAUUCUAAAAAGAAUGAAGCAGGGCCAUCAAGAAAUAAAACUCCAAGAUCAUUAAAGGCCAAAUCCAAAAUUUCAAAGAAGCCUCUUGCUAGUAACUCGUUGAACACAGGAAAAGAUAAUGUUGGUGCACAUGUUCGGAGAAGACAAAGGAGGAGGAAGAAGAAGCAAAUAUGGAAGGGCAACAAAGAAAGUAGCAACAAUGAGGAACAAGAUGUUAAUAAGCUAAGGUCUAGAGAAGAAAGCAAAGAGAAGAAUAUUGUUAUUGGAGAGCGUAAUAAUAAGAGGCAACGGCCUCAAAAGAACCAAGAGAAGAUCUCUGAGUUAGAAAAGCGCAAACAAAAAAUGAGAAACAAAGGAAAUAAUGGUGGGUCCAAUAAUAGUAUAAAGAGUCAAAAGAAUAAAGAAAAUCAUGAUGGCAGGGAAAGGAACCAAAAUAAGGAGAAGAAAGAAGAAAAACUUGGUGGCUUGAUCUUCAUGUGCAAUUCAAAGACAAAGCCAGAUUGUUUCCGCUAUUCUGUAAUGGGUGUUUCAUCAAGUAAAAAAGAUCUUGUGAUGAGUAUCAAACCCGGGCUUAAACUAUUUCUCUUUGAUUUUGAUCUGAAGCUUCUGUAUGGGAUUUAUAAGGCAUCGUCUUCUGGGGGCAUGAAACUUGAGCCAAGAGCUUUUGGUGGUGCUUUUCCUGUUCAGGUGCGGUUCACAGUUGAGAAGGAUUGUUUCCCACUAUCCGAGGCUGUUUUUAAGAAGGCAAUCAAGGAAAUUUAUAAUGAAAAGAACAAAUUCAAAACAGAACUUACUGUUAGACAAGUUAGGAAGCUCACAGAACUUUUCCGACCAGCUGGGGUCCUCUCAAAUGCACACUCUGUCCACUCUCCACAAGUUGCUAGAGUUUAUGAUCAAACUCGGGAAGUUAAUGAAAGAGGAAGAGAAGUUUGGCCCUAUUCUCACAACGAAACACUCCCUAGGGAUCCUUAUUCCAAUGGUGAUUUUACUAGUUAUCCCUUGCUGUCUCAUGAAAGGGAUCAGCGUAUUGCACACAGAGAUGUGACUUCCAUAUCAAGAGGGGAAAUUCCUCGUGAAUUAUAUCUAACUGAAAGGGAGUAUCGAGCUUAUGGUCUUCAGGGAGAGAUAAAAAAUUUAAGUACCCCAUCCCAAUUUACGCCUACUUUAGAAAUGUACCAGAAAGAAUAUGAAAGAGAGCACCUUCCAAGACAGCCAGACUAUCUAUACAGGGAUGCCAUCCCUGCGCAGAGAGAAACUCUUAGUAUUGACCCUCUCUACAUUAAUGAGAAAGAGUAUCAGGCUUAUGGUCUUGGUGCUAGACGAGAAUUGCCACCCGCAGUUCCUGUAGCAACUGUGACAUCUGCUACUGCUUUAGGCUCCUAUGCAAAUGAUCCAUAUUACGCCUAUCGUUAUGGUGCUUUAUCAGGGGACCCAUAUUUACCAUCUGUGAGGAGAGAGGAAGUCCCUUCCAGAUCUUAUUCUGUUGGUGGAACGUUUCCAGGAGAGACUGCACAUUUACGCAGGAUAGAGACUGAUCAAGGAGCGGAUAGGUCAUACUCCACAUAUGCUGCUGAUGCCCUACUGCGUUAUGACCAGACAGAGAACCGUCAGGUUGCCCAGCCUGAAGCUGUAUCUGUGCCAGUUUCAUCUCGGUACUCUUUUGCGGGUCCAUCAUUCUCAUUCCGCUGACUGAAUUUGCAUCAUUAAUCCCCCUUCCCCCCUCCCUAAAACCCUCUUUAAUUUUUUCUCACUUCCUUUUGUUAUAAAUAAUAUUCAGAUAUCAGAAUUAGUUGAUUACCCCAUGAUGGUAUUUAGGCUC